AGGGGAGGGGCUGAGAGAGAGAGGGAUGAAUGGAAAAAAGAGUGUCAGAUGUUGUUAGCUUGAGGAAGAGCAGACCGGUACUCUUGUUCGGGACAGUUUCAAAGGAAUAUACACCUAGCUGCCCUCACUUUCUGCUGAUCAUCCCUUUGCCAACCUCCCUGCGGUACCCAUCCAGCCUCCUCCAGCCCAGUCCAGCCCACUACACCCUGCCACUGGCCCGGGCAGCGCCCUGGAGACCCAGUGCCCCUCACUGGGGCCUAUAGAGGGGGAGUGCUGUGGGAGCUGCCCCCCUCUGGCCCCAAUCAUCAUGCCCUGCAUAGACUGCAACAGUCCAGGGGAUGGAUGCAUCUCAACGGAUGGAUGCGUGGAGGAGCUGAGGGCAGAGGAUUCAGCCAUGUAUGAAAUUCCACUGCAGAGGAAAGGGGACAGACUGCCCUUUCAGAUCUUCCCGGAGCCGGUGGAGACGGUUCUGGGUUCAGAUGGAGGUCUGGUUUGUGUGGAGCAGGGGAAGGAGAGGCUGCCCUCCAUCGUGGUGGAGCCCACAGACGUUAGCGAGGUGGAGAGUGGAGAACUGCGCUGGCCUCCGGAGCAGGAUGACUACGAGGAAGACGAGGACCUUUUUCUGGAGCAGUGCAUCCCCCCCGCCAACAUCGCAGACUGGGGGGAGGAGGAGGAGGAGGAAGAGUCCUCCAUCAUCAUCAACCAGCGACAGGAAACCUCUCUAUUAGAUUUUCAGUCUGAUGAUUUUAGGGAUGAAACCCCGACCCUGCCUCCAGAGAGCGCUCCAGCCCUCAACUAACCUGCUGCACCAGCUUCUCCUCCAGUAUCAAAACCACUGAAUCCUGGGAAACCCAUUAGCAGAACCCCCAGCCCAGAGACAUCCUGCUGGAUCAUUCUGUAAAAGGACAUUAUCCUGUAUCACAAAAAACUGGACUUAUUAGAUACGUAAAUAAGAUAAUAAAAUACAACACUAUGCAACAACCAGUGAUGUCUUCAGUCUUCAGCAUCAUGACUGAAGAUGUUCAUCCAGUGCAGCUACUGUAUGAUGUUUUAGGUAAUAGUACAGGGUUUUAUGUCAUAUUAAAAAACCCAUCUUAUUCACCACUUUCACAUAUUAAACCUGAUAUACCAGAUACCAUAUACCAUAUCAUAGAUUUGGAGAAUUGUAUAUACUGUAAACACUAGAUUGACUUAAAAGGUUGAAAAAAUAUAUACAGUACCAGUCAAAAGUUUGGACACACCUUCUCUCCGACAUUGUUAAUGGAUACUGAAGUCAUCCAGAUUAUGAAGGAACACAUAAAGAAUAAUGUAGUAACUUAAAAGUGUUAAACAAACCAAAAUAAUCUGUGAAGUAUUUAGGUGAUUCUUAUUUGGGGUGCUGUUAACUCUGAUGAACUUAUUCUGUGAAGCAGAGGAAACUCUUGCUCUUCCUUUUUUGGGGCAGUCCUGAUUAGUGCCAGUUCCAUCGUCUCUUAACGUUUUUAAUGGUCUUUGCAACUGAACUUGAAGACACUUUUAAAGUUCUAGAAGUUUUUCAGAUGCUUAAAUAAGUUUAAAUAUAAAACAUAUUCUGUUUUUUGUUUAACACUUUGUUAUUUGCUAAAUAAUUUCCAUAUGUUUUUCAUCAUAGUCUGAAUGACUUUAGUAUUAAUCUACAAUGCAGAACAUUUUAAAAUAAUGACAAAAAAGGUACUAUGUAAACAUGCUCACAAAUGAACAUUAACCAAAUCUACUGAUUAUUUACAAACUGCUUCUUUAAGUGAGUUUUUCUUGCACUACAGCACACAACAGCCAGGGGCCGCUAAUUCCUGCUGGAAAGCAGUCACAUGAAAUUGGGGAAAAAAAUAUAUUUUUUUUAUUAGCUUCAAAUAUAAAAUUAUACAUCAGUAAGUAUUAAUGUAAUUAUUAUUAAAAAGUAAUAUCUCACACAUAUAUCUCACAUGUCAAUACAUUGAUAUUUUUCAAUAAAGCUCGAUUAAUUGUCAGCAAAUAUGCUCUUAAAAGUAAUUUGGGUAAAACUUUCUAUGAACGUCAUGUCUAUUAGACUAUAUAAACAUAUAUUAAUAACACAUUAUAAUGCAUCCAUAAGGCAUUAUAAACAUGGCUUUAAAAUGUUUAACACAUUAUAGCCAUGUUUAGUAUGUAUUAUGUAUUGUGAUUAUAGUGCAUCAUAAGCUGUGCUUGUAAUAUGUUACACAUUUGGGUAAACUGACAUAUUUCUGUUAUAAUAGUAGUAAUAAUAUGGGUAAUACUUUCUAUGAAUGUCAUAUGUCUAUUAGACACUAUAAACAUAUUCAUUACACAUUAUAAUGCAUCCAUAAGGCAUUAUAAACAUGGCUAUAAAAUGUAUAACACAUUAUAGCCAUGUUUAGUAUGUAUUAUAUAUUGUGAUUAUAGUGCAUCAUAAGCUGUGCUUGUAAUAUGUUGCACAUCUGGGUAAACUGAUAUAUUUCUGGUAUAAUAGUAGCAAUAAUAUGGGUAACACUUUCUAUGAACGUCAUAUGUCUAUUAGACUCUAUGAACAUAUUCAUUUCACAUUAUAAUGCAUCCAUUAGACAUUAUAAACAUGCAUAACACAUUAUAGCCAUGUUUAUUGGACAUUAUGAAUUGUGAUUUAAAAUGCAUCAUAAACUGUGCUUGUAAUAUUUUACACGUCUGGGUUAAAAUAUCACAUAUCUGUCAUGAUUCUUAUAAUAUAUAUAUAUAAUAUAUAGAUACCUGUCACUUGACUUUCUUGACUUACUCAUUUGACUUUAUAAUACAUUAUUAAUUAAUAUAUUAUUAUAUUAUAUAAGUUAUUAUACUGUGUAAUAGAAGUCUAAUUCAUGAGUGGUUAAAAGUAAUUAUUGCAUGCUUUGUUAAGUGUGAUUAUGUGCAUGUUUACAGAGUCUAAUAGAAAUGACAUUCAUAGAAAGUGAUACCAUAAUACUGGACUGGCUUUUGGUUAUUUUCUUUUCAUGCCCUUCGUGAGUUUGUUGUAUUUUCUGAGACUGAUCAGUUUAGGGAAACUCACCCCAGCUUGAUUAGAGUUCACUUUCUCUUUUGUGAAGUCUUACAUCUUCAGUUUAAAGCAGUGUAGCACCAUUCAUUCACAAUACAAUAAACAGGGGAUGUUGGGCUGCUUUAGUAUGGGCUGCUUUUUGAAUAAGACAUAAUAAUGGAGAGCCAGUCAAAACAUAGUCUAUUUACAUAUCACAGUGUAAAAGGAACAGUAACAAAAACGUAUUGUUUCAAAUGAAGGUACUUAAAAACGUGUUCUAGUGAGGUAUAUGAAGAACGUUGGAAAAUGUUUGUAAUAAUUUAACUAUGAUUAUUUUGUACAUAAACCCCUAACAAUAUCAUAAGUUAACCUCAGGGAAAAAGAAAAUGUACAAUACAGGCCCUUUCUUUCAUUUUUGAAUUACUGUGUAUACACUACAUGCACUGUGAAGCAUCUGUAUUUUAGCGUACAGAAUGGUUUACUUUCAUUUAUUUUAAUUUAUUGAUAGCUAGCUCUCUUUAAAUAAUAAAAAAAAUGCUACCAGCAGCAGCAGCAGCUACCAGUCAGCAAUAGAUACUGUACCAAAAGCUAAAGUACCAAAUGUUUAUGCGUCCACCUUUCUUUCUAUAUAUAGAGAACAGCAUUACUGCAGCGCUGAUACAUAGAGCACUAGUAUUAAGCUAGCAAUGAGACGAAUAGAUUAAUAAAUUAACAAAAAUUAACACAAUCUAAUCAAUACUGUAUAUGUGUGUAUAAGUGUUGGGACACCUGAUCAUUCAUUGUUCCUUUUAAAAAAUAAAGGGUAUUAAUAAGAG